CAGUUGUCCGAGAAAUAGCGUGCUGAGCGGUCGCCAAUCGCGCACGAGUAUUAAAGAAGGAAAAAUUUACCAGAUACAUUACCACAUAGACCAGAGUGAAUUCCCCCGAAAAGAUCUUGAUAAAAGCAUACUGCAUAACGUAUAAAAACAAACAAAGGAAUUCUUGAAGCAUCUUAGCGCCAACGAUUGCGUUGGAAAUCUUCAUUCAUAAUUGCCUGAAGACGUUUAAUUGCAAUUAAUUCAUUGCAAAAUGAGUGACCUAGAGCACAUUACACUGGAUAUGGAUAAGCUGCCGCUGGGGAGUGAUACAACUUUGACAAGAAACAAAGAAAACGAAAACAAUCACAGAAACGGCGAUGCAAUGGACGCACGUAACAAUAUUCGAGUUCCCAGAGCAGUGCCCGAAACAGAUGACUCCGACAACGACGAUCGUCCCUUUGUUAAAGAUGGCAACGACAAUCCCGGAGUGGAUGACGGUCUGCUGGAGGAUGGCGAAAAGCGCAGGGGCGGAAGCGGAGGAGGCGGCGGUGUCAAUGUCCUCGUGCCCAACGGAGGCAGGCGACCCAGUUUCUCCUUUCCGGGGUAUAAUGGGCCCGGCUUUGUGACGAUCAACGGAGUCGAGACUCCCAUACCCGACGUGAAUGCCUACCAGCACAAGAAGACCCUGGCCCAGGGAAUGAUGGACCUGGCCCUGCUGUCUGCGAAUGCGAACCAGUUGCGAUAUGUCCUGGAGACGAGCUCGCAGCACCCUUACUUUUAUCCCAGCCUGCUGUUCAUCUCACUGAGCAUUAUAUUCCAGAUUGCUGUGGGCGUGGGCCUUAUACUGAAUGGCCAGUACAACAUCAAAAACGAGCACGAUAUCUGCCGGGCGAACAGAAUCAACAAUUAUACAGUCAUCGGCAUUUUUAUUGUCACGGUGGUCAAUGUUCUUAUAUCGGCCUUUACCGUCGCAGAUCCAGAUACUACGACCACUGUAGCUAUUCCCGGCACUGGCACAUAGAUGCUGAUCUAUAUUUUCAAUUAGAAUGUAGUAUUAUGAGCAUAUCGCAUCGUUAGGUAAUACUCACAGCCACACUCGUUCAGCCCUUGUUGAAAUUCACUAAGCGCCUCAUUUUUUAAAUAUAAAAAUAAAUUGUGAUAAAUUAAUAAAAUCGCACGAGCAUUUUACACUUUA